AAGGAAGUCACCGACUCUCACCAUGAAGUAGUUACUCCUCUCAAAAAUGUCAGCGUCCACAUAAAUUGGAGAUGAACUCACAACUUUUACAACUUUCUCUCUCGUAUUUUCCAUACUACCAUGUAUCACAUAUACACACAAUCAAAUAUAGUGCACGUCCUACGACGAUCAGUCGGAUGCCAAGCUAAGACCUUCGCAACACAUCCGCGUCAGCCCUGUGGGAUCUUUGGUGCUCAGGGUUGAAACCUGAUUGAUACCAAAUUCGGAUCUCUGCAUAUAGUCCUACACAGUCGCGGCGAUUAUUUACAGCGUACAGACACGGUGUGCUUGGUCUAGGCUGCCAUUUUUUUUUUUAAAUUACAACUUCACUUAAAAGCCGCGUUCGUCCGACAUGGCAGAGCCUCCGUCAAAACGCAGGCAUUCAAGUGACACCGAAGAGGACAAGACUGCGGAAGAGUCUAGUGAGCUUCCAGCAUCAUUUACGCACCCGAUAAGUCCCCCGAGAAAAAGAGUGGCUCACGAGCGUAAAUUCAUCCCUUCUCCGAUUCAGCUUACGACUAUCUGGGAUUAUGCAGAUGAAUUAAAUGUCGAUGCUGUAUCGCUUCAUGAUUUACUCGGUGACCCACUCAUUGCUGAGUGCUGGGAGUUCAAUUAUCUACAUGAUGUGGAUUUUCUUAUGAAUCACUUCGACGAAGAUACACGGUCUCUCGUCAAAGUUCAUAUCGUCCAUGGCUUCUGGAAGAAAGACGAUCUUAAGAGAUUGUCCCUAGAGCAACAAUCCGCCCAAUAUAAAAAUGUCACCCUUCACGCGGCGUACAUGCCCGAGAUGUUCGGUACCCACCAUUCAAAAAUGCUUAUCCUUUUUAGACAUGAUGAUACAGCCCAGGUCAUCAUACAUACAGCCAACAUGAUAUCUAAGGAUUGGACCAAUAUGGCAAAUGGCAUUUGGCAAACACCACAGCUCCCUCUCCUUACAGAAGCGCAGAAACCAUCAGAAGCAGAUAUGAGUAUUGGUGGUGGGCUAAGGUUCAAACUAGACCUACUGAACUACCUUAAAGCCUAUAAUACCAAACGAGGAAUCUGCAAGUCCAUGGUUGACAGACUCGAGAAAUAUGACUUCUCUGCCGUUCGGGGCGCACUAAUUGCAAGCGUGCCUGGGAGACACGACAUACAUGAAGACGACCCAAGCAAAUCUCUCUGGGGUUUCGCGGGUAUUAAGCAUGCCCUUAGAUCCGUCCCAGUCCAGCCGGGGGGGUCAGACAUUGUAGUGCAAAUAUCUUCUAUCGCAACACUAGGUCAAACAGACACCUGGCUGAAGCGCACAUUAUUCGAUUCAUUAUCUCCACCGUCGAAAACAAACUCCCCAAAGCCCAAGUUUAAAGUAAUAUUUCCAACUCCUGAUGAGAUACGACGUUCUUUAGAUGGCUACGCAUCUGGUGGUUCUAUACAUAUGAAAACACAAUCACCGAUCCAGACAAAACAGCUUCAGUAUAUGAAACCUAUACUCUACCAUUGGGCGAACGACUGUGAAGAUGGAAUUCUUGAGCAAGGCAAUAAGUUCGAGGCUGGUCGUAAGCGCGCAGCCCCACACAUCAAGACAUACAUUCGAUACAACGAGGGAAAGACCAUCGAUUGGGCUCUUCUUACAUCUGCCAACAUAUCCAAGCAGGCCUGGGGCGAGCCCACGAAGGUUCCAGGUGAGAUACGGAUUGCUUCAUGGGAAAUAGGGGUUUUGAUGUGGCCCGAAUUAUUCGCAGAUAAAGCAAAGAUGAUGCCUAUUUUCAAAUCGAAUAUGCCGACGAAGGAGAGCCUUGAUGAUCAGGAAGAUAUAGUAGGCUUGAGGAUGCCAUACAGUCUGCCUUUGCAGAAAUACGGGGAUGAUGAAGUUCCAUGGGUAGCUACAGCAAAGUAUACUGAGCCUGAUUGGAAGGGAGGAGUUUGGGAGUAGGGGACUGUGGAUGCGGGAAGAUAUUGUUAAGCGAAUGAGAAUAUUGCGGGAUGGUAGGUCCGAGGUGGGAACUGGUAUGGAGAUGGUCCUACCAAUGUUGAGCUCUUAGACCCUUUAAGUGGCUAUAUUAGCUCAUAAAAUCACAUACAUUCUUACCACCAAUGUCAACUCUGAAUCCCACUUUAUUGGUGAAUUCACGUGUAUUUAUAGAUUAACGGAUUAAUCUAGCAUUGCUAUGACGAUUCUAUAGUCUUUCGCCAUCCGUACCCGCAAGCACGAGGACCCUACUCUUUCUUUGCGACACAAGCGUACCGUCUUCC